AUGAAGAGGCGCUCGUCAGGAUCCUCCGAGGAGGGCAACUCGAAUGCCUCUGUCGCGGCAUCCUCCUUCACUCCCGACGAGGAACCAACGAUACCAGUGAGCGACCCGCGCAGUUUGGGGCAACAUCCACAGCCCAGUCUUGGGGUUGAGCGGCAAGAGAGAUCACAAAAUGCAGGCUCAAGGCAUCCGUCGGCCAGAAUAAGACGGCAGAGCAGCCACAUCAAUUGGAAGCCGGCGCAUUCGCGGAACAGCUCGCGGAACGGCCUUAACGAGAAGGAGCUCCUUGCCCAACCACAAGCGCCGUCUAUUUUGGCAACGAGCUCCCCGGAGGAUGGUGCCGGCGUGCAAGGCGGGAAAAUGGCAGAUAGGAGGCUCCCAGGUCGCCGGUUAUGGACGCGAAGUCCUUGGGCCUCGACGUUGACCACAUUCCUCACGGCGCUUGCUGGCAUCACAUUGUUCUUCACCAUCAUCAACUCCUCUGCCACUCGCCAGCUGGACCCCAAGGGCUGCCGCAUGUCUUACAUGAGCCCGCGCUAUGUUCAUAUGAGCGACUUCGAUACGGAGCACACAAGAUUUGCCAGCAAGUACUCUCUGUACUUGUACCGUGAAGCGGGGAUCUGCGAUGACACCAUGGUCUCUGGAAUACCGGUGCUCUUCAUUCCUGGGAAUGCCGGCAGUUACAAGCAGGUUCGUCCCAUUGCCGCAGAGGCUGCACGGUAUUACCACGAUAUGCUCCAGCAUGACCCAGUGGCAGCAGACGCUGGUGUUCGGAACCUUGAUUUCUUCACCGUCGACUUCAACGAAGACUUCUCGGCCUUCCACGGUCAGACCAUGCUCGACCAGGCCGAAUACCUGAACGAAGUCAUCAGGUAUAUUCUGUCCUUGUACCUCGAUCCCAAAACCUCGCGCCGCCGGGAUCCCGACCUACCGGAUCCCUCCUCCGUCAUCAUCUUGGGACACUCGAUGGGUGGGAUUGUUGCGCGCACCAUGUUGGUCAUGCCCAAUUACCAGUCGAAUUCCAUCAACACCAUCGUUACAAUGUCUGCCCCACAUGCAAGACCACCCUUAAGCUUUGACUCCCAGAUCGUUAAGAUAUACGACGAUAUCAAUAACUUUUGGAGGCACGCCUACUCCCAAAAGUGGGCCAACAACAACCCAUUGUGGCACGUCACUCUCGUAUCUAUAGCUGGCGGGGGCCUGGAUACUGUCGUGCCUUCAGACUAUGCCAGUGUUGAGUCCGUUGUGCCCGAAACCCACGGCUUCACAGUCUUCACAACGGGUAUCCCAAAUGUGUGGACAAGCAUGGACCAUGCCGCCAUCAUGUGGUGCGACCAGUUUCGCAAGGUUCUCGCUCGCUCUUUAUAUGACAUUGUCGACACAGGUCGCGCAUCCCAAACCAAGCCCCGGGCUGAGAGGAUGAUGGUGUUCAAGAAAUGGCUACUCACAGGGAUGGAGGACAAUGCCGAGAAGUCACUUUCCCAGGCCGAGCCCCAAAUCUUGCUCACGCUCGAUGACAACUCAAAUACCAUCCUGGGGCAAGGCGAGCGCCUCGUACUCCGCCACUUGGGCCAUACUGGGAGAGCGAGUGCGCACUUGAUUCCCGUCCCCGACCCCAGCCCACUGGAACGAAAGCGGUUCACUCUGCUGACUGAUACGGCGCUGGACCACCCGGGCGACAAUGGACGUCUCGAAGUUCUCUUUUGUACAAUAUUUCCCUUACAACCAGGGUCAUCUAAUAUUCUCUUCUCGAUGAAUAUGGACUUGUCUGGCGACAGUAAUGGAUCCACGCGGCUUGCCUGCAAAAAUGCUGCCCCGGAUCUCAUAACGCUUCCUCGAUCGACACAAGAUACACGCCUGCCGUUUUACAGAGACGGAGAACAGCCUACCUCGCCAUUUUCAUACUUGGAAUACGACCUGGAGGAUCUUGGCGAACACCAGUUUGUCGCAGUCAUUGACAAGGCCGUUUCACGAUCCCCUGGAUGGGUCGUUGCUGAAUUCAGCGACGAAAGCAACUACUCUCUGACUAGUCAAGUUAGUCUGCAGCGCCUCCUUACCUUUGGCGUACGGCUUCAACUUCCGGCCGAACGCCCCAUGGUAACAGAACUGAGAGUGCCUGCAAUCGAGAGCAGUUUACUCGCGUAUAACCUGGAGAUAAGCAGACCACAAUGUGGCAACGAAGCUUUUGCGCCACUCGUACGGCAGUUCCUAAGCCAGCCAUACGAGUCCAAGUUCUUUGUUAACGCUCGGGAAGUCAAAGUGAGCUUACACGGAGCCGCACCUUACGUGCCACCACCAAUGAAAGCCAAGAGAUCGCUCGAUGGGCUCGGGUUUCAGUUCUGGGCAGAUCCUACGUGUGACUCUGGUAUACAUAUAAAGCUCCAAGUCGAUCCCCUGGGCAGCCUUGGGAAGCUCUAUAUGAGAUACCGCACGGUAUUCGCUGCGUUUCCUCUGCUCAUCGUAACCUUGGCCCUGCGCAAGCAAUUCCGUGUGUACGACAGCACCGGGGUGUUUGUGCCUUUCAUAGACAGUCUAGACAGCUGCCUCCGCCAGUCUUUGCCACUGCUGCUGUUGUCUUUGACUUUAUUUGGUCUGUCGGUCGGUCACCCAGAUUCCUCCCAUCUGGCAGGAUUCUGGCUAUGGAAGAACACCACGGGUGGAAUAGACUUCGCGCAAAAUGACCUUCUGGUUGGCACCACUGAUCCUUUCUUCUGGUUUCUCAUACCAAUGAUCGGUCUGACCUGCGUCGGGGUCUGCACGGCUUUCCACUACAUGGCUCUCCUCUUGACAUCGAUCUUCUGUGUCAUCUAUGGCUGGUUCGCCACAAGUCGAGCAUGUGCUCAUCAGGACGAUAAGAGACGGGCUGUGUCGCCCAUGUUCGUGCCCUCCUCACCAAGACGACGUGUCAUCACCACAAGCAUCUUGCUUUUCCUCGUGUCAACAUUUAUUCCGUAUCAAUUUGCAUACGUGGUGGCUUGCCUGGUCCAGUUGAGCACAAGCGUCCGAGCCCUUCGGUUUGCCCGCGAAGUUCCCUCCCUGGCGAACUCGAACUUCUACAACUACGUCCAUUCCAUUUUCCUACUAAUGCUCUGGGUUCUGCCCAUAAAUCUACCUACUUUGGUAGUGUGGGUUCGAAACCUUGCCGUCCAGUGGUUUACGCCAUUCUCGUCUCACCACAACGUUUUGUCAAUACUCCCCUUCAUCUUGUUAGUGGAAACCUUGACAACUGGCAAGAUGGUGCCUCGAGUGACGAGUCGCCUGCGUCAUCUUACGAGUGUUCUGCUAUUCAGCAUCGCUAUCUAUGCGGCAGUCUACGGCGUAUCACAUGCCUAUAUGCUGCAUUAUCUUGUCAACAUUGUAGCAGCUUGGCUCGUUGCGGCUCAUUCAACGACGGAUUCUUUUACAUUCGCGGGGCUUCGGUCUCUGUUUGACGGUGACUUUACCGAUGACCGGAAACAAGGCAAGUCGCCGUGA